AUGUCUUCUCGCUUCGUCGCCGCUCGUCUCGCGCGCGUCAACGCUGCCCGACUUCGGUCCACCGCAGCUCCUUCACACAGCGUCGCCCGCCUCAGCAUCUGCUCGCGAGCCAGCCGUCCAUCCCUCGCGUUCAGCGCACCCUCGUCUUUCGCAGGCGCUGUCAGGAUGAAUUCGACCAAUGCCACAUCGCUCAACCCACCCCCAGCCCCGCUUCGUUUGCAAGCACCCACCGCCGAGCAGGAGCAGGCCGACUACGACGCCGCAGUCAAGCAGGUCCAGGAAUGGUUCGACAGCCCCCGCUUCAAGGGCAUCAAGCGCCCCUAUGGCCCGGAAGCCGUCGUCUCAAAGCGCGGAUCCAUGCCCGUACAACCUCCGGCCUCUUCGCUCAUGGCCGACAAGCUCUUCAACCUCCUCUCCGAGCACUUUGCCAAAGGCACCCCAGCCCACACCAUGGGUGCUAUCGAUCCCAUCCAGCAGUCCCAGAUGGCCCACAACCAGGAGGUCGUCUACGUCUCUGGCUGGGCUUGCAGUUCGGUGCUCACCACCUGCAACAACGAGGUUGGCCCGGAUCUUGCCGACUACCCCUACACAACCGUGCCCAACCAGGUGCAGCGUCUCUUCAAGGCGCAACAGCACCACGACCGAAAGCACUGGGAUGAGCGAUGCCAGCUCACACCCGAGCAGAAGGCCAAGACGCCCUGGGUCGAGUAUCUCCGCCCCAUCAUCGCCGACGCUGACACCGGACACGGCGGUCUGAGCACCGUCUUCAAGCUCGCCAAGCUCUUUGCCGAGCAAGGUGCGGCGGGCAUUCACCUCGAGGACCAGCUGCACGGCGGCAAGAAGUGCGGACACCAGGCCGGCAAGGUGCUCGUCCCCACCUCGGAGCACGUCAACCGCCUCACUUCCACCCGAUACGCCUGGGACAUUCUCGGCUCGUCCAACAUCCUGAUCGCGCGUACCGACUCGGAGUCCGCCAAGCUCAUCUCGUCCAGCAUCGAUGCACGCGACCACGAGUACAUCAAGGGCGCCUUCAACCUGCCCGAGGGCACCAGCAGCCUUGCCGACACCCUCGCCGCCUUGGAGGCCAGGGGUGCUUCGGGCCCGGAAGUCGACGCGGCAGAGAAGGCGUGGAUGGAGAAGUGCGAGCUGCUCACCUUCAACGAGGCCGUGGCCAAGCACAACGCUGCCAACAAGCAGGGCGUUGAAGCCUACAACGCCAAGGUCGCCGGCGGCGUGUCCAACGGCGAGGCACGUGCCAUCGCCAAGGAGGUCUUUGGCGCCGAGGGUGUUCCCACAUGGUGCUGGGAUGCUCCGCGCACCAAGGAGGGCUACUACCACUUCAAGGGUGGUGUGGCCGCCGCGACGAAGCGCGUCAAGAUCUUUGGCCAGUAUGCCGACAUGCUGUGGCUCGAGACCAAGACGCCGGAUCUCAAGCAGGCACAGGGCUUUGCUGCCGACAUCCACCGCGACCUGCCGGGCAAGUGGCUGGUGUACAACCUCAGUCCCAGCUUCAACUGGAGCGCACACGGAUUCUCCGACCAGGACCUCAAGAACUUUGUCUGGGACCUCGCCAAGUCCGGCUUUGUCUUCCAGCUCAUCUCGCUCGCCGGUCUCCACUCGACGGGCGCCAUGACCUGCGAGCUUUCGCAGCGAUUCAAGACCGACGGCAUGCUCGCGUACGUCGAGCUCGUGCAACGCAAGGAGAAGGAGAUCGGCUGCGACGUGCUCACCCAUCAGAAGUGGUCGGGCGCUGCGUAUGUCGACCGCAUGCUCCAGGCCGUCAGCUCCGGCAGCUCCGCAACCCAGGCUAUGGGCGCAGACAGCACCGAGCGCUCCUUCUAG